AUGUCUACACUAAAUCAUUUUGACGUGAACAUUAAAGGCAAACCUCGGCCCGUGGUCACCUGGUGGAGGGACAAGCGAUUGGUCGACGCCAACUUCACCGUGGCUGGCGAUGGCAACGUGGUUCGAAAUAGGUUUCAUAUUCAUGAGCUCAAGCGCUCCGACUUUUUGACAGUGCUCACGUGCCAAGCGGUCAACAACAACGUCACCGUCGCCGCGUCACGCUCAAUCACACUGGACAUGAACCUGAUACCUCUUGACGUGGCGAUCCAACCGCCGAAGCAGGCACUGUCAGCCGACCAGGAGGUGGAGCUGGUGUGUUCGUCGAGUGGGUCUCGACCGCCGGCGCUGCUUACCUGGUGGAAAAGCGGAGAGCAACUGGUUUCAACCAAAGAGCACCAGGUCCAAGAGGGCGUUAGCACCAGCUCCAGCGUGAUCCUUUUCACGCCCAGGGUUGAAGACAACGGCCUGGUGCUCUCGUGUCGUGCAGAGAAUCCGUUCAUACCUGGAAGUGCCAUCGAAGAAGGCUGGAAGCUGGAUGUGUUUUACAAACCAAGGGUGACCCUUCGUCUGGGCCAGAACCUCAAGGAACACGACAUCCGUGAGGGGAGGGACGUCUACCUGGAGUGCCACGUGGACGCUAGUCCGCCUGCGACGGAGGUCACGUGGCUCUUUGAAGACCGCGAAGUGACCACCAACAUGAGUGCUGGUGUCAUUGUCAGCAACCAGUCGCUCGUGCUGCAGAAAGUGCGCAAGUCGAGACGGGGACGCUACACCUGCGUUGCAGUGAACCGCGAGGGACACGGCGCCAGUAACACCUUUGCCCUCAGAAUAAAAUUCGCUCCGGUCUGCAAAGCUGGCCAGAAACGCCUGUACGGCGUUUCCAGGCUGGAGUCCUUGGCGGUCCGGUGUGAACUGGAGGCCGACCCUUCGGACGUGACCUUCCACUGGCGGUUCAACAGCUCGUCUAGCGGCAAGCGGCUCGACCUGGCCAGCUACAGCCACGCGCUCACGCACAGCACUGCCGUGUACUCGCCCCAAGGGGAAGAGGACUUCGGCUUCCUGCUCUGCUGGGGCACAAAUGAGGUCGGAAAGCAGCUCGCGCCUUGCAACUUCACCGUUGUCCCAGCCGGGCCUCCGGAUCCUGUAGAAAAUUGCACCCAAGUAAACGGCACCGAAGACUCCGUGUCCUUCGAGUGCUCCGAGGGUGCUUGGAACGGCGGCAUCUCUCCGGUUUCGUUCCUGGCUGAACUGCGUGAGAUCGACUCGGGGCAUCGGCUGUUGGCAAACGGCUCUUCGCUCGGUUCUCCUUCAUUCACCUUCCUUGGACUUCCUGGUGGAAGUAGCUUCCGUGUCCAGCUCUACUCAAUCAAUGCGAAGGGCCACAAAGCGCCCACACGCUUUAUCGUGACCACACUGAGGCCAGCUGAAAAGCUUACUGCAGGCAGCCAAGGCAUCAUAACUAUCAGACCCAUCCUCGGCGUCCUUGUUGGAACGGUAGUAACAUUAGUGAUAGCAGCAAUAGCUAUCAUACUCUUCGUGAGAUACAAGAAUCCCAAGAAGGAAAAAGAACGCAGACGCUGCUGAAAAAGGAUGAAGAUGAAUUUGGUGACAUAGAAGAAAGAGGGCCGGAUAUCAUUCCAUCGACACCUCUUAGUAAAACAAAUUU